GGGUGACUUGAGGAGGAGCAGCAGGAUCACACAGAGUUUUCGUCACUUUAUUCACUGACUCUAUUUCAUUGAAUAUAAUUAACCACAAAGCGCUGAGGACACGUUGGAAAACAUUGUACCAAAAACAUAACCUUCCUCCAGGUCCUACUCCUCUUCCUCUUAUUGGAAACUUGAUGAAUAUAAAGAGAGGAAAGCUGGUUAGCUCUCUUAUGAAGCUGUGGGAGCAGUAUGGAGCUGUAUACACAUUGUACUUUGGCAUACAACCUGUUAUCGUCCUUUGUGGUUAUGAUGCAGUUAAAGAAGCACUUGUUGAUCAAGCUGAAGAUUUUGGAGCUCGUGGAAAAAUAAGUUCCUUAGAUCCAGUGACCCAGGGCUAUGGGCUCAGUUUUAGCAAUGGAGAACGUUGGAGGCAAUUGCGUCACUUCACUUUAAAGGCCCUGAGGGACUUUGGAAUGGGAAAGAAAAGUAUAGAAGAGAAGAUUCAGGAGGAGGCUCUGUGUUUGGUUGAAGAAUUUAGGAAGUCUGGAGAAAUGCCGACCGAUCCAGAAAAACCUAUUAUGAAAGCUGUGUCCAAUAUAUUCUUUACCAUUGUGCUUGGAAAUCGGUUUGAGUACAACGAUGAGACAUUUUCAGCUCUGCUUGCCAAAGUAGAAGAGAUGUUCAGACUUAUGAGCAACACAUGGAGUCAGAUUGAAAAUGUUCUUCCCAAAUUAAUGGCGUACAUUCCAGGACCCCAUAAGAAGAGAGAUGCCCUUGGAAAACAAUUGAUUUUGUUCUUACAUGAGAGAAUAAAGGCCAACCAAGAGACAUUUGAUCCUAAUGCCCCUAGAGAUUUCAUUGAUGAAUUCCUAAUAAAAAUGGAGCAGGAAAAAAAGAAUCCCAAUUCCGAAUUUACCAUGAGGAACACUUUACUGACAUUUUACAGCAUUUUUCUUGGAGGAACAGAGACAUCUACAACCACUCUGAAGCAUGGUCUGCUACUGCUGAUCAAGUAUCCUGAAAUACAAGCUAAGCUUCAUAUGGAAAUUGACAAUGUGAUUGGAAGAAACAGAACUGCAAAUAUGAUUGAUCGCAAUUCAAUGCCCUAUAUGGAGGCUGUGAUCAACGAAAUCCAGCGAUUCAGUGACAUCAUCCCUUUGAAUGUUCCACGAAAGGUCACUAAGGACGUACAGUUUAGAGGGUAUUGCAUCCCCAAGGACACAGAAAUCUACCCAUUGCUAUGUACGGUUCACCAUGACGCCAAGUACUUUUCCUCUCCAUAUGAAUUUAAUCCUAGCCAUUUUUUAGAUGAACAAGGCAAAUUCAAGAAAAAUAAUGCCAUGAUGGCAUUCUCAGCAGGUAAACGAAUCUGUCCAGGAGAGAGCCUUACUCGCAUGGAACUCUUUCUUUUCUUUACCACCAUUCUACAGAACUUCACUCUCACCUCACCAACUCAUUUCACUGACAAUGAUGUAGCCCCAAAAAUGACAGGGUUUAUAAACCAUCCUAUUCAAUAUAAGGCCUCAUUUAUUUCUCGCUAAUCAAUCCAUGCUCUAUCUUGUGUAUAUAGUUGUAUAUAGCUUAUUAUAUAGAUGCAUUUUGGUAGUUAUCAAUAGGGCCGGCUGCCAAAGAGUCUAGGUCUAAAAACCUAGGUCACUUGCACCGUCAUUUUCUAAGCUAGCAACUCCCUUGCCAGAUUCUAGGAAAUUGUUCUGCCACCUGUAGUUUAAUAUAAUGCACAGGAUUCUGCAGCCUUCAUUUAUCUCUUUUUGUAAUUUGCUGUCAUUGUGGAAGCAGAGAUUGUCAAAGAAAUGUCUGAAUAUAACAUUUGUUAAAGGGGAAAUAAUUCCAAAUUGUUUUCUAUUGUGUUUGUCAAGCAAAAUAAACUUUAUUUACACUA